AUGUCAUAUCUAGCACCACCACCAGGUAUUGGGGGUGGAAUAGGUAGACCAAUGAGCCGACAAGGAUCUAGAGAAAACUUAAAUGAAGUUAAUUCUCAUUUACAAGCAUUAGCAUUAGAUUCUCCAUCACAAGGUCAUAAGAAAAAGUCAAAAAGAACAAUGAGAGCAUAUCAUUCCGAUUUCAAUUCUCCUAUUGGAAGUACUGUAGGUAGUCCAAUCCCUUCUCAUGCAAAUACUUUUACUGGUGUACCUAGUCCAGGGAUUCCAUAUGGAUUUCCAUCUGAUCCACUUGCAUCACCUCGACCACAACAACAAUUACAAUCACCCUAUCCUGGAGUUAGUCAACAAUUUACCCCACCAAUUCAACAAUUCCAACAUCAACCCCAGCAGCAAAUACAACAACAACAACAAUCAAUAGGCGGCCCACAAGUAGAUCAAUUUCAUUUACAAGAUAUGACUACCACCCAAAAUCAAGGUCGUUCAAAUGAUCUUUCAUUACAAUUACACAGAUAUCAAGAUCAAAAGAAAUACAUCACCCCUGAUGAAGAAGGUAAUCUAAAACCAUUCUUAACAUUUUCAGAAACAAUCCCACCUGAAGCUGGAACCCAAUUCCAAGCAAUCGAUCAAGGUACUGCCCUGUCAAAAUUCAUGAGAUCAACAAUGUAUUACGUGCCUGAAUCUGAACCAGUUCGAGCAGCUACAAAAUUACCAUUAGCAAUUACGAUUCGACCAUUUGCACCAUUACUCCUGACUGAAGAUCCAAUCCCCGUAGUUGAUUUCUCUCAACGAGAUCAACAAUCACAAAUUUCAAUAAGUGAAAGUGAUAAUGAUGGAUCAGAAAAGGAAAAAGAUCCAUUGAGUAUUGGUCCACUUAGAUGUCGUCGUUGUCGAUGUUAUGUAAACCCAUCGAUGCAAUUCACUCAUACUCAAAGAUUCGUAUGUAAUAUUUGUCAAUUCCCUAAUAAUAUCGUUCCCGAAGAAUAUGCUUCAUAUUUGGAUAAUAAUGGUUAUAGAUUAGAUAAAUUUAUUCGACCAGAAUUACAUAAAAGUGUUUAUGAUAUUCUUGUUCCUAAAGAAUAUAAUUUCGGUGGCGCUGGUGUUGAACCAAAACCAAUCCAUUUUGUGUUUUUGAUAGAUAUAUCUGAAAGUAGCAUCAAACAGAAAAUCCCCCUUUUGGUAGCCGAUGCAAUCAGAGCAACAUUAUUCGAUUUUGAACAAGAAUAUCAAGAUCAAUUACCAGACGAGAAACCAAAAUUAAAAAUCGCAAUUGCGGCAUUCGAUAAACGAAUCCAUUUCUUCAACUUAUCGCCCAAUUUAGAACGUGCCGAAAUCUCAAUCUCCGGCGAUUUAGAAGACCCAUUCAUUCCAUUCCAUGAUGGACUCUUUGUCGAUCCUGAAGAAAGUCGAUUCGUCAUCGACGAUGCCCUAAACUACAUCGAACGAUUCAGUAGUGAUCCAGAAAGAAUAUUUGACCCCGAACCGUGUUUUGCCGCCGCCUGUCGUACCAUCAUGAUGUGUUUGGAUUCAGUUGGAGGUGGGGGGAAGAUUAUUUCAAUCUUAUCAAAUUUACCAACUUGGGGCCCCGGGGGGUUGAAAUUCAAGGAUAAUAAAGCCGUGGGAAGGGUUGCUGUGACAGCAGAGGCCGAGAAGAGAUUAUAUACUCCUGAUAAUGAAUAUUAUAAGACUUUGGCCAAGGAUUUCAUUUCGAAAAAUGUCGGAAUUGAUGUGUUUGUGGUUUCACAUGUUCCCGUAGAUCUUUCAAAUGUGGGUUGGUUAGCUUCUGUCACGGGAGGUGAAGUGACUAGAUGGGCGAAUUUCAAUUUUGAACGGGAUGCCAGGAGUGUGACUGCCAAGAUUGUGGGUUCGGUGAAGAAAUUGACGGGAUAUCAAGGACAAUUGAAAUUGAGAUGUUCGAAUGGAUUACAGGUUGCUCAAUACUAUGGGACUUCUUCAUCCAUUGCUGAAGCGAAUUCAAUGGUGGCUGGGACAGUACAGGAUCCAAUUAUACCUGUCUUGAAUCAAGAUCAAACUUUUACGGUUCUUUUAGAAUAUGAUGGGAAAUUAAGUACGAAAUUAGAUUGUCAUUUCCAAGCGGCAUUAUUAUAUACUGACCCCAAUGGAAUUCGAAAAGUUCGAGUCAUAAACCUCGUUCUUGCCGUCACCAAGAAACUCGAAGAUGUAUUCCAUUUCGCCGAUGAAAACGCAAUCGUAACCACCAUAGUCAGGGACACCCUUUCUUUCAUCGGUCAACAAACCCUCCUCGAACUCCGUGAAGCUUUGAAUAAUAAACUAGUUGACGUUUUCGCAAGAUAUAGAGCUAUGAACGAAUAUGACCACAAUCUGGCUGCCAUCAUGACUAAUAAACUCCUAUUCCCCGAUCUGUUGAAACAUUUACCAACUUAUAUCCUAUCCUUCCUCAAAACCACGGCCAUUAGAGCCCAGCAGAGUGUGAAUUCAGAUACCCGAUUAGUUGAUGUGUUUGCGAUGUUGAAUAUGCCAGUGGAGAGAUUGAUGUAUCAUCUCUAUCCCGCUUUGGUUGAAUUACAUUCCUUAGAACUGGAAGAAGGACACUGGGUGUCGGAAGAUCGGGAAUUUAUCUCAUUGCCGGUGUAUAAAGAUCUUUCGAAUCGGAGUUUGGAUCGUGGGGUUUAUAUUUUAUGUGAUGGGUUGAAGGUAUUUGUCUGGAUUGACCCAGAGGCGAAUAUUAUGUUACUUAGGGAUUUAUUUGGAGAUUCGGUGGGGUCUAUUCAGGAUAUAAACCCCUUGAUGGAUGAAUUACCGGUUUUGGAAACGGAAAUAUCUCAACAAGCUCGUAAUAUCAUUAGAUAUUUCCAAUCCCAUCUUGUUGGAUUGAUGGGGUUGGGUAGUGCUGGGAUUCAAAUUGUGAGAAAAGGAUUAGAUGGGAAUGAAUUUGCCUUUAGAGAAAUGUUGAUGGAUGAUAGUUUUGGUGGGGCGGUGACUGCAACUAGUGGACCAUCAUAUCCUGAAUAUUUAACCAAUUUACAUCGGGCGAUUAAGGUGACUAUGGAGAGUGAUAAGGGGUCAAAACAGAUUAAGAAUUCGAUUUCGAAUGUUGAACAUGAGCAUGCAACAAUUGCUCAGAGAUAUAUGCAUUUUUAA